GCCGGAUGCCACGAUAGCCGCAUCGACGAGUCGUGCGCGCGCGCGUUUCAAACUAUAUAUAUACGAUAUAUCUCGAUUCCGCUACGACCUGCGAUAUUAUUCCACGUUAAAACGGCGGAUUGAAUCAUAUAUAUUAUUUUAUUCGAUAUCCCGCACGGGGAAUACAGAGGGAUUCAGUUUAUAAUAUUGAAAAUAUAUAAAAAAAAAAAAGGAAACGUCGCAACGAAAUGUAAAAGGAUGAUCGCAAAAAUUCUCAUGUUACGUAAAGGUUGAGAUUUAAAAAUAAUUGAUAACAAUUGAAGAAAUAUUUCGAACAAAAAAAAAAAAAAAAAAACACGGACUAGUAAAUAAAAUUAUCACAGAUCGUACAUGUACAUCGUCGAUCAAUCGCAGUGCGACGUUUUGAUUAUUAAAAUGUAACGAUCAUCACGUUACCCACCCACAUGUACGGCGUAAAAGAUCAUUACAAAUCGCGGCCAAAGUGGUGGAACAAUUUUACUGCCACGCGGUGCAACGCGUUGGACGUAUAAAACAAGUUUAGGUGUGUGAAGUAAAAAAAAAGAAAGAAAAAAAAAAAAACAAAAACAAACCGUGCAUAAAAAAAAUCGUUUGCCGAUAGAUGACGCCUGCGAUAUAACGUACCCACGCAUACGUACCAUACGGGACUGUACAACAAUAACAACAAUAACAACAACAACAACAACAACAACAACAACAACAACAAUAAUAAUAAUAAUAACAAUAACUUAUCGGACCAGGUACAACAACGAUAAUUAAUGCGCGAAUACGUGCCCACGUCACGAUAAACGUACAUCAUAUAAAAAUGUGGUCGUGCAUCGUCGGCGGGGAGAAAAGUGUGUGUAAUAAUAAUAUGUUGUGCAGGUGUGAAGUGUUUUGGUGCUAACGACAGUGAUAACAUUUGUACAAACUUGUUAUCUCCCCCCCGACCCACCCACCCCCCCCGCCCCCUUAGACCGCCAAUCUGUCUCUACUCCCCCUCCCCCAUCGGCCGCCGAACUCUCUCCUCCCCCCUCCCCCCCCCCCCUGCCCCCCUAGCCGCGUUAUCGCUGGAUUGCUUCCUUCUUAUUUCGAGAUAAGAUAUAAAAAAAGUAAGGAAACUCGGGAGAGAAAAUACGGAUCGGAUUAGAUUCGCGUUUAACAAAUACAGUCGGGUUCUAUUUUUCGUUUCCUUUGUUUUCUUCCCCACACUCUGUCAGUGUGAUAUCCAUAUAAUAUCUUUCGUCUCGGUAUACGGUAGAAAAAAAAAAAAAAAAAAGAAAAAAAAAAUAUUCUCUUCCCCGCAUCUCCGUACUCCAGCCAAAGAAUACAGAAAAAAAGUAAAUAAAAAAAUAAAAUAAAAAAAAAAAAGAAAAAAAACAACAACAAUCUUUCUCUCGUCUUCUAUCACACUUCUGUAUACGGACAAACGCACAUAUAUAUAUAUAUAUAUAUAUAAAUAUAUAAAUAUAUACAUACACACGUAUAUCUCUCUCUAAUUUCACUUCAACUCGAUCGGCGCAGUCGCGAUCCAAUAUUCGCCGAGCUACUUGGAAUACCGUCGUCCUGAGCAGCUCCAGUUCUCGAUUCACCCCGAAAGUCGAGGGAGAAAAGCUACGAAAAUUCUGGACAUAAUGGACAUGAGCAGCGAGUCGAGCUCUACCCGAUGGUACGAGCCGCCCAGGGGAUCCCUCGAACCUCCGACCGGUUCCGGGUCGUUGGCUGCGGGUGGGGCCGGCGUCGCGACGCCCGACUACAGGGGAUACUACCCCCAUGCUGCACCGACGCCUCACCACUCGGCCGCCGCGCACGCCGCCGCCGCCCACUACGCCCACAGCAGAAUGUCGAGCGGCGGAGUGACGAACGGAGGUGGUAGCCAAGUGUGCAGACCGCACUUCCACAGUUCGGUACUUCACCCUUGGUUGUCGGGUUCGAGUGCGGACAGUAAACCAUGGGGUUUUCCAUCUACGACGGCGUCGACCGGAGCGACGUCGGGUUCGGGCGAAGACAAGCCCCAGAGUCCGUUGGGCUCGUCGCUACCGCCGACGUCGAGCAGCCUGACGAGUCACGGCGGAGCGGCUUCCGGUCACCACCUCUUCUCGUUCCCGCCAACGCCGCCGAAGGACGCGACGCCGGACAGCAUAACGACGAGUACGACCUCGAGCUCCAACAACAACAACAACAACAACACCAGCAACAACAACAACAACAACAACUCGAGCUCCCUCGGACUCGGGGGCGGAAGCAGCGAGUACCAGGCGGCUGUUGCCCACGCCGCCGUUAUGGGGGCGUUCAUACACCACCAGGACGCCCUCGGCUCGACUUCCGGAAGUUCCUGCGACGUGAAGCCAUCGGUGAUGCUGGGUCACCACCACGGCGCCUCAUCGCCACCCCAUCAGCACAACGGAUCGGGGAACUCCGGGCAGGUCCAGAAGCAGCGGGAAGGUAAUAACCAAUCUGCAUCCGGGUCUGUCAAUCAGGCUAACCAGCAGCAGACUGGUGCGGCCGGUGGUGUCAACCACCAGCAGCAGCAGCAACAGCAGCAGCAGCAACAGGAUUACCAAAACCAGGGCGCUACCUCACCCCGGGACUCCUAUUCCACAUCCCAUCAUCCAUCCGCACCGUCCCAGUACGAUCCAUCCGCUGCUUACAACAUGUAUCAACACCUUCAGUACUCCGGUCAUCACUCCCACAAUCCCCACAACGGGCCGACUAUAUUCUCGGGGAGUCAUCAUCCCACUACCGGCGUACCCGGAAUUAGUCCCGAUGCUAAACUUCUCGGUUCGCACGGGAACACGCCUAAUUCACCCGGGUCGCAACAGCAACAGCAGCAAAAGCCAAGGAACAAAUCCAGAACGUCCGCCGAUCUUUUCUUUUCCCCGGCGUCGUUUCGACCAGAGGGUCGCGAGUGCGUCAACUGCGGGGCGACCUCAACUCCUCUUUGGCGACGGGACGGGACGGGACACUACCUGUGCAAUGCCUGCGGUCUCUACUACAAGAUGAACGGACAAAACCGGCCACUCAUCAAGCCGAAACGCCGCCUGUCCCUGCAGAGUGCUGCACGUAGGGCGGGCACGAGUUGCGCCAACUGUAAAACGGCCACGACGACAUUAUGGCGGAGGAACCAGGCUGGUGAGCCAGUUUGCAACGCGUGCGGACUGUACUACAAACUUCACAACGUGAACCGACCACUGACGAUGAAGAAAGAGGGAAUACAGACGCGGAAUCGAAAGCUGUCGUCGAAGAGUAAAAAGAAGAAGGCUGGCGGGUGUCUCGGCCUCGGUGGCGUCAUGGGGGACAUGAUCAAGGCCGGGGGCCACCUCGACCUCGAUAACAAGCCGUUCCACUCCGGGUUCGGAUCGCCGAUGGGCACGUCACAGCAUCAUCACUCGAUGCAUCCCGCGAUGCAGCACUACAUGUAUCACACGGGGGUUGGAGUCACGGGGGGACUUCACCAGGGCUUUGCUCCACCUCCGGCACCACCGCCGAUUCAUCCUCAUUCCCAUUCGCAUUCCCACUCACACCACAUGGCCAGUCUUCAGGGUCUCCAGUUGGCCGCUACCACGAAUGCCAUGACCGGGUGGAGAACAGAGUACACAUGAAUCGCGAAUGGCGAUUGAUGCAGGACGCAGCCCACCACUCUGACACAAGCUUUCUAAAACUACGUAUGACGAUUGAAAGAUAAUGUUGUUUUUCGUUUGUUUCUUUUUUCAUCCUUAAAAAAAAAUCUUUUUCACAAUCCCAGCAGAAGGAAUAUUAUUUACGUAAACUAUAGCCAAACAGUGGAUAAAGUAAAUGAAUGAAUAAGUAAUUUUAUCGAGUUAAAAAAAAAAGAAAUUGUGACACGCAGGUGUGGAAACUGCGGAAUUAUUUUGUACAUAUGUAUAGUAUAAAUAUAGGGCCUAGCGCCCCGGCCCCAAGUACAAACGAAGUCAGCUAUUGUAUCGAGUCUUAUAUUUGUAAAUAGUGAGAUAUAACGUUAAUAUGGUAUGAAGUAUAUGAUAAGUAUGAAUAUUCGCAUCGUUGAAAGCUUCGUCAAGUGUCGAGGUGAGUAUGUACAGUACGUGCAGAUCCUGUACUGAACACCGUCGCCUCGAAAGGCGCGCACCUUAUCGCGACUUUGAGGGCAUGAAGCCCGAAGGUUGUGCGUAAUUACAGGAAUUUCACGAUGCGACGUUGCACUUUAGAAGUGAACUAUUUGUAUGAACUAGUUUAUAAAUUUUAAGUAUUGUGCAAUUUUAAGUUAUAAUGCAAUUGUUACGUACGGUCGGCCGUUCGUCGAACUAAAGUCAACGGCCAUCUUGGCUCCGCGUUAUCGACUGGAUUCGGCAAAAUUUGCCUCGUAACGAGAGACGAAAAUUCCUGACUCCGUCGUGGAAUAUCCCAGGUGGAUAUUCAGGGUGUUGAAAACAGAACACCGACACAGAUUUUGCUCUGCAAGCAGCAUAUGGCGAUUGGUUUCAGUUCCAGGAGAAUCCCUCCGCACCCGCAGCGGUCGUACGUAUUCGUGUGUUGUACCGUCUAGUGAUAAAAAUGCUCUUGGCGGUUACGAUUAAUUGCAACAAAUCGCGAAGGCUGAUGAUGUAUGACUCAAGGUACAUAAUUAUCAUGCGUAUAUAAUAUAAUGAAAUGAAUAGUUACCGCCAAGUAGCGUAUACAUAUAUGUAUAUGUAUACAUACAUAUACAUAUAUAUAUAUAUAUGUGUAUGUAUGUAUAUAUAUAUAUAUAUAUAUAUAUAUAUAGUUUAUAGUCAACGGAGAAUUGUAAAUUUUGUAUCUUCAAGAUUCUGUAUCGUUAUACAUACAUACAUAUAUUAUAUAUGUAUAUGUAUAUAUACACAAUAUUUACAAAAAGUAAGUAAUCAUAAUAUUGGUAACAAUAAAAUCCGUAGCAGUAACAAGAACAUCAACAAGAACAACAAUAACAGUAACAACCAUAAUGUUAAUAUAUUGAUUAAAUUAUCGUGCGAUAAUUAUUAUUAUUAUACAUGCGUAUAGAUAUA